GGUAUCUGCGGCGCGGCGAGCUGCGGAAGGCGGCGGCGUCGGCGCCGACGGCGACGUUUUCAGGACGGUUAGUAGCGGCAGUGACAUGGGCAGGAGGAGAGCACCGCCGGCGCGGAUGAGGUCAUCGUAUGGUUUUUUAGCCGCGCCGCGCGCCGGCAGUCGCGACGCGGAGCGCCCGAACGCCGGCCGCUGGUGCACGCGUUCCCGCUGCCGCCGCCGCCACGCGUUAGUUAGCCGGUGGCGGAUCUCGCGAGCGUGCGGCGCGGGACUCGCGGGACCGUGCGCGAAUGAGUUCCCGAGUCUACACAACGAGAAAUGGAGGUUAUCGACGCGGCGAACUGUCGGCCGCGGAGUGAAAAGUGACAUCGGACAUCGUGCUCGCUCGUUGUCGAUCCACGACAGUCGACUGGGUGCAGGUGCAGGACCAAAAACUGUGAGUGGGUCCUAACGUUAGGAGGGU